AAUUUAUAAAAUACAUGAUUAGGUUUUGUAAUUUUACUAAAUAAAAAUAGUUUUGAUCAUUUUAUCAUCAAGUUGCUGAAAAAAGCUUUAGAAUUAUUAUUUGAACAUGCUGUUUUCCAGCUAAGAAACAACAACCAGAUUUAAAAUCAAUCAAGUAAGGCAUGUGCUUGUAAAUGAGUAAAAUUUCAAUCAUUUUAUCACCAUGUUGCUAAAAAAAACUUGGAAUUUAUUUAAAAAAGUUGUUUUUCACCUAAAAAACAACAACCAGACUUAAAAUUUAUAUGAGGCAGGUAUUUUUUGUAAAUAAAACUUGUUUUGACUCUUUUAUUAUCAUGUUCAAAUUGUUUGAUAAUAUUCACACUUUUGUUAUUCUUGAGUCCCAAUGUCCCCAACAGGGGACAAUUAAGUUUACUAGCACAUCCAUCAGUAUACAGUUGUAGUUUUCAGAUAUUCUCAUACAUAAUAUCAAACAACAGUUAUUAUUCUAUGAUUUGGUAAUUAUCACCACAAAAAAAAAUUAUUGCAUAGCUAUAAAAGUUGUACUUACAAAGUUCAGAUCUACAAAAUCGUUGAGGACGCUGAUCAGCCAUCUUUGAAGUCACUCUGAAGUAACUGUGCAAGUGGAAUGCAACAGGUUACACAAAAGGUUGGUGCUGCCAUCUGUCCUGAGUAUCUAGAACGUAGUUUCAAUGCUACCAACCCACUCAGCACAGAGAAAAAAAUUUCCCAGUAAAGGUUGUUUUGCGUCCCCUACAGGGGACACAGGGACUGAGGAGGUUAGAGUAAUUUUAAUGAUCAGUUUUUGCACCACGAAUAAUUCCUCAAUAUGACAGUUGAAACAACAACCCCCCCGCAAACAGCUAUGCAAUACUGCAGAAUUGAUUUAACUAGAGCAUGAUAUACCAUUUCUAAAUUUUUCUUAUUUAGAAUUCUAUUUAUUUGAUAGAAUUUGUAAGAUGAAUAUAGAAUUCUUCUACAGACGGACUUGAUAUGUAUAUCCCACUUUAGAUGUUCAUCUAUUAUGAUUCCCAAGUAUUCAAUAUUAGUGACUUUUUUAUGGUGGGACAAUCACAAUUACCUAGGUUUGAAGUGCACCUUGAGUGAAGCUUUAUUUCUUCAUUAUCAACAGGCUGCCCUAUUUUAAUUACAGAGAAGGUUAUGCAGCUAGAUUUAUCUAUAUUCAAACAUAGGUUAUUUCUAUCUAGCCAGUUCUUAAUUUGUAUAUUUAUGUUUUGUUCGAACAAAGUAUUAUGUGUCAAAAAGCUUUGUGGAUAUCUAGAAAGACAGCAAUAGUUUUCAUAUUGGAAUUUAUUUUAUCAGGAAGGGUAUUCGUAAAUUUUAUUAAAGCAUUAGAUGUACUUUUACCACUAUGGAAACCAUGUUGGUUAUUGUUUAUUAUUUCAUUUUUAUUUAAGAAAUAAAUAAUUCUUGACUUAAUAUGUUUUCCAUUAUUUUAGGUAAAUUGCUGAUUAGACUAAUUGGUCUAUAGUUACAGGGAUUAGUAGGGUCACUUUGUUUGAAAAGAGUAUUUAGUUUGGCUGCUAUGAAAUUCUUUGUGAAAUAUAUCCCUCUACCAAACAUCUAUAGAUGCCUAAUGUUGAUCAAUUAUGUGAAUUUAUUCAAAUUCCAUAUUCUCAUAUGAGUAAUGAGUAUUGUUGUUUAGGAUUAAAUUCAAAUUAAUUUCUAUUCAUCUUAUGCAUCUCUUGAAGGAUGGUUGCAGAAAUCGUGUAGCCUAUGUAGUGAAUAAUGAUGGUAGUUUACAAGAAGUUACCAAAGAAGAUUAAGAAUGAGAAUAAGCUUUCUCUACCAGGUGUCCAGGAGUAAGAUAUUAUCAGGACUUAGUGAUUGUAUAUAAAAACUGUUUUCAUUUCUAUUCCACAAUUUACAACAAUACAAGAUUCUACAAUAGUCUACGUACAUAGUGAGUGCUUGUAUAUAAAAACUAUUUUUAUUUUCAUUCCACAACUGAUGACAAGAUUUUACAUUAGGCUUGUUGACAAGAACUGAGUGCUUGUAUAUAAGGACUAUUCUACAUCUGACUUAACCAGACAUGAUUGAUUCCACACCAGUACUGAGAACUUGUUAGAACAUGAAUCCUGCGAAGUCUUUCUUUUUGGCAAAGCGAGGAAAAGCGAAAGUGUCCAAGAGUAAACUAGAGGAAAAUUGGUUCAUACCAGUAACUGAGACUGAAGAAACACCUGCUGUAGAUUCUGAGACCUUGUUUUCUAAGGUCAAAAACAUCACAACGCUUGUGAGUUUCAGCGAUGAUGACAAGGGCAGAGAGUAUUUCGAGGGGCGUCUACUCACUCAUGUUGAAGGGAAUAGUGAAGAACCAGCACAUUCUGUUCUAUUGGCGUGCCAACAGAUAGUAGAUUGUCUGUUCAAUAAAUUUCUGAAUCAAGAAGGUGAAUUGAAAAUCUCCAAUGAACGUUUUAUUGGGUGUUUGGCCACACUUUACUCUAUUGCUAAAGUGAGACCGCAUUUCCUCCUCCAACAUGUUGACCUUCUGCAUCAUAUGAUCCCCCAUUCUACGAGGGAGAUCGACAAAAGGAGCAUUGACUAUGUUGGGAAAAUUUUGAAACUGGUAUUGCCUCUAAUAGAAAAACCUAGUGGAGAAUUUGUGAGUCUAUUGGAAGAGACAGUAGGCGAAUUAAUUUGCAAUCAAACACCAACUGCACUGCUAAGUUGUGCUUCAAGUAUGACCGUCGUCGUCAAUGUGACAGACUAUCAAAUAAUGAUUGUACAUUAUCUUGAAAUGUUUUAUGACGAAUUGUGCAAACUCAAAAGGUAUCUGGAGAACAAUGGAGAACAAACAAAUCAGAACAAUCGUGCACCAAAGAAACGAUGCAUGGAAGUCAGAAAGAAUUUAAACGCUGACGUAAAAAAGCAGGGACAAGCAAUGACUGAAGUGAAGCCGAAUUACAGAUCAAUUGAUGUACUAGCUGUUCUGAUGCGGUAUUUCCAUUUCAACGGCAUCGAAUUUCGCCAUGUGGUACCGCAUAACAUCGCGCGUGAUGUUCUUCAUAUUUUCUUUUCUAUUUUGCAUCAAAACAAAGAGAUGAAGCUAUUGAUUGUGAAAGCUAUCGGACAAAUGUGCAUCCGACAUUGUGAUCUGAUGUUGACUCCACCACUCAACAACCUAUAUCAUCAAGUGCUCAAGACAAGUGACGCCUCGUCCAAUUUGAAGAUCCAGGUCCUAAUAAACAUAAGAAUGUACCUUGAAGAGGGAGGCGAACAAUUGGCUGAACAAGAUCAACAGUUAGGGCGGAUGAUGGAGACAGAAGACGUGGAAAUGAUGGAAGUUUCAUCUAACAUGCCAAAUUCCGUCAUUCAAGAAUAUCUGGAUGACAUUUUAGAUAGCUAUGUACAUCCAGAAGUAGCAGUUCGCAAGGCCGUUCAGAACCUUAUAAAAGUCAUUGUGAGCCAAGGCAUAGUGGAUCCAAUCACUAUCAUACCGACUCUGAUUUGCAUGUGCUCCGACCCCAAUAAGGAAGUGAGCUGGAGUGCCGAGAAACAAUUGUGGGGAAUCGACGCGAAAACUCCUGGCUCGAUUCACACAAAGGCGAUGGACGGAAUCAAUUUGACGUUCCAAUUGCAUAACAUUCUUCAAAAAAAUUCGAAUACAGUGACACGGGGCUUUCAACAUUUCAAACCUUGUCCGCCUGUGGCGUUGAACGCAUUGGUCUAUUCGUUUCUUCAUACGAAACAACAAAAGCGUGCCUUGAUUGAUUCCAUUCUGAAACAAUUCGAAAAGAAGGAGAACACAAGCCUUUCAAAAAUGUUAUUCUUGGCUGACACAUUGGCAUACCUGCCAUAUCGAGAGCAGGACGAGCCUCUGUACACCAUAAAUGAGAUUAAAAAAAUGGUUUUGGCCACGAGCGAUAACUUCGAGAUUCCUCCUCGGGUGAGGGCAACAGAGUCUGAAGAUGAGUCGGACGAUGGAGAUGAGGAGACCUUACUGGCAAAAGUGCUGGAGCAAACUUUGGAGCUCCAGCAUUACUUUACAGCUAAUAUUGGCUGGUACUACUUGCUUGUCGAAUUGAAGCGACAGUUGAAGAGUAUGUUUGACUUCAAUCACAGGCAAGUAAAGAAGUACUGUACAGCUGAAUCGAGCAAAGCUUGGGAGACGCCUCUAGUACUGAAGGCUGACGACCUUUUUGAUCCAAAACUGGUGAUUGACUCCAUUCAACAAGCUUCAUCCCUCCACAAGUUGUAUGAGAGCACCAGAGCUACUAUCUCCAACAACUUGGAUAUAUCAGUGGCCUCGGGCUCUGAUAGACCAGAGGAAGAGGAUGGAAAGCAUCGAUCGGCUUCGCCUGAGCCAUCCACCAGUCAAGUCACACACCCGGAUGCUGUUCAAUCAUCCAAUUACGAGCAAGCUGUAAACGAAGCUAUGUCGGUGGCCUCGGGUUCUGAUAGACCAGUGGAAGAGGAUGGAAAGCAACGAUCGGCUUCGCCUGAGCCAUUCACCAGUCGAGUCACACAGCCGGAUGCUGUUCAAUCAUCCAAUCCUAACGAGCAAGCUGUAAACGAAGCUGAGACACUAGGGCGCAAGAUUAUCAUCCUUAGGAAGCAGUUGCUUAGAACUGCACGGAAGUGAGCGAAUGAAUAAUACUUAGCGAUUCUGAGAGAACGUUUUCCCAAUGACGUGUGUCCAUGUUUCUGGACCUCAGUCUGAGUGCUAAAUAGCUUGUCUUCCAUAUUAUAGCGUAUUAUAAGAUAGUAUAUUGUAUUAUAUUAUAGUAUAUUGUAUCGUAUUAUAUUUAUAUUUAGUGAUCAUAUUAUAGCGUUGUAGGCCCUACUUGUCCAUUACGUUGAGGGUUAUAGUUUUCAUAUUCUUGAGCAUUCAUCUGAGCUGUUUCUAGAUUUAGUUUUCGGUUUCUAGUGCUCCUGAGCUUGUUACAAUGCAUUCUGAAGUGAAAGAAUUACGUUUUCUAAAAUAAAUUGUUGAUGUUAUUCCAGUUAUAAAGCUAUGGUAUCUAGUACUGUAUGUGAAUGUAUUCGAUCUCAGAUGAAAUUCACUUUCGAAGUUACCGUUUAAAUUGAGCUUUUGUAAUUUCAAGUAGUGUUGAUAAAUAGCGUCAUUACUUUCUCGCUUACUAUUGGUCAAUUGGUACCUAGCUUAGACUAAGUUUUGCUUCUCUUCAAAAUUAGAUUUUAAUAAACUGAUAGCACCCUCAUAAGUUUCUGCUCAAAAGAAUAUUGAGGAAGAGACAAAAUCAGUUGAUACAGACAGUUUAUUACAAACAGCUAAAGAUAGGUUGAUUGAUUGAUUAUAUGCCUAUAUUAGGACGGAGUUAGGACUCCUGGUCCUCUCUGCCACACAACCCUAAAGCUUUAUGAAAAGUAGAUACAGACAUGACUGAUUCUUAUUUUUGUAUUGCUUUUCCAAUCUAAUCAAAGAUCAGCUGUCCAGCUGAAAUUUUCAUAUUAGCUCAUAUCAUCUGUUUAAAGUGUAUGUAUUCAUGGCUACCUUCAUUGUUUAUAAAAUAACAUUAUAAUACCCUUUUUUUGAAAAGUGUUCAAUAUAAAAUAAGCUAGCUCUUCUAAUUUGUGUUUCUAAUCUAUUAUUUUAUAUUAAACACUUUUCAAAAAAAGGUUACCUACUAUAAUGUUACUUUAUAAAUAGCUUAUAUCAGUUUGAUCUUAUUUGUUCAACUUACAUCAUGUCAGGAUAAAAACUGUAACGUCUUCAUCAAAUAAUAAGAAAUAUCAUGUAAAAGACUGUUUAUCAAAGACUGACAUAAAAUGAAUGAAGGCCUACUCAAGAUAAUUAUAUAAUUCGACAGGUAGUAUAGGUAGUAUAUAGUUAGGUUUGUAUAGGUAGUAUUAGUUAUUUCUCAUUUAUAACAGUAGGCUUCAUUUUAUAUGAUGAUUAUACUCACUUCUUGUUUUAGAACUGAUUGAAUUAUUAAAACACAAUGGUCCUAUCAAAUUAUCAAGUGUUUCAAUAGAAUAAAAGUGUACUUGAUAACGUUUAUUGUGAUUAUUAUACUUUACGUCGGCGCUUUGUUAUUCGUUUGAUAUUUCUAUUUAUGUGUUAUUUAUUUACAUAGUCAUACUAUAGAAUUCACUGUAUAAAUCAUUAGCCUAUGAAUGUAUUUGUGACAAGCCAUAAGUGUAUUUUGGAGGUCUAGCCUACCAUUGGUGAAUUUAUGAGCAACAUUCAUAAUAUGUUUUCAUAUAGACUUCAGUAGAUAGAAAUAGUAACCGUGAGGCUAAUAAUUAUUAUUUCAUUUUAUCAUUAUCACUUAUGAAUAAAUAAUUAGAAGAUUCUACCUCGGCAUGCACAAAGCAAUAAAAUAAUCUCUGGAUUGCCUCAGCAUUGACUGUGAGCUAUUUUGUUUCUAUUCAAGUCUUUGUAUAGUUUGUAUUUUUAUAAUUACUUUGUUUUAAGCUAUAUGCUAAUUUAUGCUAAUCAGCAGAGAAUUGAUUUCCCCCUGAUAAGAAAUAUUUAUAACUACUGUACUUGAGCCAAUAAUGUUUUUUUUAGGAAGAAUCUUAUUUUUUAGCUAAAUAUAUUUGUUUGUUAAUGAGAAAUAUUUAUUAAAAGUUGAAUAGAACAAUUAUGCGAUUUGAUUAUGUGUAAUUUCAUGUAUUUGUGAUAAGUCCUAAGUUCAGUGUAAUUUAGAGAUAAAUUUUAUUGAUAAAUAAGAAAAA